AAAAUGACAGAAACGAUUCUGUCUUCGUUAGCUUCGCGUCGUGAAUAUUUUGCAAACGGUUUUACGCGAGUGCAAACAUAAAUAUAUGAAAUGCUCGUAAGCUGCAAAUAAGACUUUAUCCUUAAAUAAAGCAAAGUUGCAAUAAUUACCGGUACAUAAACUAAAGCAAAGUUGUACGAAGUACAAAAGAAAAAGCCACAAACAAAUUUUGAAUGGGCAGCGUCUAAUAAAAUGCAUAUACAUACAUACGUGUGUAUGUGUGUGCGUGCGAUUGUAUACAGCAUGCAGUAAACAAGACAGCAUAAUAAUAAAUAAUACAUAGUGAAAUUUUGCUUCCAAAUAAAAUUGGUGUCUUUUUGGACAAAAUUAAUGACGCGUUGAGUUUGUGUUUCAAUUAAUACUAUUGCAGUAGACAAAAAAAAACGCAUACAUACAGUACGCACUUAUUGGAUUAAUACAACAACUACAACAAUUGACUUCCAAUUCUACAGCGCUUCCCACAAAUCUUCCUUCAAUUGUGCCAAAUUGAAGUGCUAAUGACGUCACAGUUACUGAAGUUUAUUCUUCAACUGAAAAUUGUGUGAUUAAUAAUAGUUGAUAUUUUCGAAACUUGUCAAUUUAGUUAGUUAAUGUGUUUUUUGUUUGUGUAACGACGUGCCUGAACAAAAGAAAAAAGAAGUUAUAAAUAUUAAAAUUUGAUUGGGCAAAGUUAAAAGGUAUUUUCCUGUUUGUCUUCGUGUUAAUGUUUGUGUUCGGUUCCCGUUCCCAUUUCCAUUUCCAUUCCCGUUUCGGCCCUCGGUCAAUGUGAUUAGUAUAAACGGAGGCGAAGGCCUACUUCCUGAAUCGAGAUUAUUUCCACACGCAACUACAAAUCCAAAUACCAACUACAACAUACGACGUAGCUGAUAAAUAUGAGUCUAAACCAACAUAGUGGACCUGGUCCGCCAGAGAGUAACCUGACAAUCCCCAAAUCGUGCGAUCAAGUUGAUUCGGCGCCAUUCCUUUGGCAGGAGAUGAGCACAUCCGGCAUGUGCAGCUCCUCCACCUCCACCACCACCUACUCCCCCUCCUCAUACCGCGCACACUCCUCUAACAGUCUGCCCAAAAUGGGCAAUGGUGAUGGUGAUGGUCCUACAACGGAGGACAACCUUCAAAUUAAUGGCAAUGGAAUUGGAAACGGAAUUGGUAUUGGAAUUACUCCACCUCCAGUUACACGCACCAUAUCAUCAGAUCGUCUCGUCACCGGCUCCUCCUGUCUCGCUCUGCGCACCGCCGUCUCUGCAUUAUAUUCUGUGGAUGACUUUGUCAAGGAGAAAAUCGGUUCUGGCUUCUUUUCCGAGGUUUACAGGGUCACACAUCGUACAACGGGAGAGGUGAUGGUUCUCAAAAUGAAUCAACUGCGCGCCAAUCGACCCAAUAUGCUGCGGGAAGUUCAGUUGCUUAAUAAAUUAUCUCAUCCCAAUAUAUUGAGUUUUAUGGGAGUCUGCGUGCACGAAGGCCAACUGCAUGCACUGACCGAGUACAUUAACGGUGGCUCUCUGGAGCAGCUGUUGGCCAACAAAGAGGCGGUGCUCUGCGCUGCCCAGAAAAUAAGACUGGCGCUGGGUAUUGCGCGCGGAAUGACAUAUGUUCACGACCGGGGAAUAUUUCAUAGGGAUUUGACAAGCAAGAAUGUACUUAUUCGUCAACUCGCAAAUGAACAAUAUGAAGCGGUCGUUGGGGACUUUGGAUUGGCUGCUAAAAUACCAGAGAAAACUGGCAGAUCACGAUUGGAGACUGUUGGCUCGCCCUAUUGGGUUAGCCCGGAGUGUCUGAAGGGUCAAUGGUACGAUCAGACGAGUGAUGUUUUCUCCUUUGGCAUUAUACAAUGUGAGAUUAUAGCCAGGAUCGAGGCAGAUCCCGAUUUGAUGCCAAGAACAUCCUCCUUUGGAUUGGAUUACUUGGCGUUUGUUGAGCUCUGUCCAAUGGAUACGCCACCAGUGUUUCUACGACUGGCCUUCUACUGUUGUCUGUACGAUCCGAAGAGUCGACCAACAUUUGCGGAUGCCGUUAAAAAGUUGACGCUACUGUUGGAGAAAUACACGGAGGAAUCAUCGACAGUGGCGUCCAGUCCAUUGAGCUCAUUGGAAUUGAUUAACUGCUCGCCCAUUGGCAGCGAUACGGAUACAACAGUGGCGGCCAUAAGUGCAGAGACGACACCACGACAACAUUAUCACCAUCAUCGUCGGGAUGUGGAUGAGGAUGGUUUUCGUUUUCCCAGCACUGGCAAAGUCAGCUGCAAAUCCGCAUCAGCUGCGCUACCCUGUACACCCAACUGGAGUGACUACGAUGAACUGCAUGUGUUCAAGUCGCGUGUGCGACGAGUUACACAGAAACUGGAGGCAGAGAUCCUGUUGCAUCGUCGUUCGUUAAGUGAGAAUAUCAUACACUUUCCACUGCACACUUCGCCCAGCGACAAGGCGCGCUGUCAUCAAAUGCAACGUCAAAGAUCCUCCACACAUUCACCCACGCCGCCCAGACAACUCAAUGGUGGCGCCCAGACCGCUGUGGUGCUCCUGCCCAUUGUCAGUGUGGUGCCAGAGCCACCACCGUUGCCACCCCCCGUGUCGGCGGUGCUAACACUGCGCAAAGUGGGUGAAACCAUGUGCUUAAAGGAUCCACAAUAUAAGCCGUCGUCAACAAAAGAUCCGAAUCCAUUUACGGCACUGGCGCAGCUACGUGGUGUCAAGAAAAUACUGGGCGCCAAUCCCAAGACCUAUGCCGCCGGUGUAGGAGAUUUGUUUAGUUCAUGCUUUGAAAUGUCGGCGCCCUUCUUUAAGGAGCUGGUCAAGUCCAUGGCCACGGAUGUGCCGGAUGAGCCUAAAAGUCUGCCCGUCUCACCGCAAUUGACGCGAAAAUACAGCGCCAUUGAAUUGAAAUUGCCACAAAGAACCACAACAGCUGUCACAGCAACGACGACGACGACGACGACGACAGCGGAAUUGGAUGAUUGCGAUGAGUCGGAGGGCGAGGAUUUGGAUGGCGGGGGGAAUUGUGCCGAUGCGGAGUCGAGCAGCGAUGACAGCGCCGUGAGACCAGCAACAAUGCCCACAGCACGCAAAUAUCGCGCCAAUUCUCUCUAUACGCAUCCUUUAUUUCGUGGCAGCAGUGGCAGUAUUUUAAAGUACAGCAACAGUGACUUGGAACUGAAAGGAUGCAGCUCGACGAGUACUUUAACAGCUGCUCCAGCUGCCACAGUUGAGGACAAGUCCAAGGAAUUGCUGAAAAAUGAAGCGGACUGCAUUGCAAGCGGCACAGCAGCAACAUGCACAACAACAGCAGCAACCACAACAUCCACAACAGCAACAACCACUUGUAACACUCUACCGUCUAAAGGGGAUUCCCCUUUAUCCACUUCCUUUGCGGAUUUGGCAUUGAAUUAUAAUGAACUGAAGAAUUCCUGUGAACUGUUGCCACUCAAAAGAAAUGUCACACGUCGCGAUUCCAUCGAGAGCGGCUUCUAUUCCUGCUUCAAUGAGGAAUCGGAUGCGGCCAUCACAAACACGAGCUACAAUCGCCAGCUGUGCGGCAUCGGCAACCUCGUCGUCGGUGGCAGCAACGGCAGCUGCUGCUACGAGCAGCUCAAGUCCCAACUGAUGCUCGACACGGCAACGGCGGCAGCAGCGAGUAAUAAAAUCAAUGAUAAGCUGGCGAGUUUGUGUCGUUGUUGUUACUAUGCAACGCCUUCAUCCACAGCUGCAAUUGUUGCUGCAGCUGCUGCGACACAGCAGCAACAUCAGCAGCAGCAGCAGCAACAACAACAGCAAGCUAAUGAUUCCCCCUCUACCUCGUCGUCUGUAUUGCUUAUGGACAACGAUGCUGCUGCCGUUGUGGGAGGUGGUGGCAAUACAUCAUCCUCGACAGCGUUGGACUCGAUGGAUGAACUGGAUGCUGAGAUUAUUGCACCGCGACAACAUCAACGUCGCUACACGUGUCAUCAUGCGUUUGUCAGCGGCAAUGUGGGUGACACACAUGGCAUCAUUAAUCGCUUGGCCCUGGACUCGGAAAUCCAUUCGUUGCUGCAGCGCAGUCCGUUUGCCACAAAUCAAUUGCUGUAUUGCAAGAAUCGCACUUCAUCCAUUUACACGGACAGUUCGGAUGACAUUAGUUCGGAUUCAUUGCUUUGGGAUGAUCGCUCUUUCACAGCACUGCCCAGCACACGAUCCGCACAGAUAGCCAAAAUUGUGGAGUAUUUUGAGCGAAAGCGACAGGAUUUAUCACCGCCAUCGGUGCAUCAUCGGAGUGGCAAUGGCAGUGUGGCCGCUGCUGUAGCUGCCUCGGCAUUGGGCUCCAAUUAUUUGUCCUACGAUUCGCAUCGUUAUUCCGACUUUAAGCGGCACUUAAAUACGGAUUCCCUGUGCUUCGAUCUGGACAAGAAGCCGGCACAGCAACGUAUGAUGGUCUGUGAAGGAGCUGUCAAGUCCAAGUUGUCCAUAUUCGACAAGAAGAAGCAGCAGCAGCAACAACAACAACAACAACAGCAGCAGCAACAUCAACUGGGGGGUUAAUUUUAAGUUCAUAAUUUAUUCAUCGAUUUACGAUUCUUGUUUUUUUUCCAUUUCCAAUUCAAUGCGAGAAUUUUAGUUUCCUCUGAAUGCCAAGUGAAUCCUUAAGUUUCAAACCGAUUUAUAAAAACGGAUAAUUUUCUCAAUAAUGAAAGUGUAAAAGAAACAUACAAACCGAGAAAUUGCAGUUCAAUUUAUAUUGAAAUCGAUAUGUUUUUAGUAAGCAUAGAAACAACAACAAAAUUUAAGUGUGUGAAAUUCGGAACAUCUUUUCUAAAUAUUUUAUACUGGUUCCUAGUCCUUUUUAUAUUUAUAAAGAAUAAACAUUAUGUAAAGCAAAAAAAAAAAAACUAGUAAAUGUUAUAAAUGUAAUCAAUCAAAGUAUUUAUUAUAUCAUUAUCAUUUAGUUCUUAAUAUAAUUGCUAGAUUUAAGCAAAUGAAAACGGCAAAGCUGUAAUAAUUAUAUGGUAUAUCAACAUAUUUAUAUAUACAUGUAUUUUCUUGGAUACCCUGGAUCUAUUCAUAUGGUUAAAGAGGAUAUAUUAAAUGCGACCCUAUAAAAUAUAUAUAUAAACACAUAUAUAUUUCGAAUGAUCAGCCCAGUUGGUUUAGACGAGUCCGUCUGUUUAAUAUGCAUGAUGAUUGAUAUCAGAUUGACUGAUUGAUGCAUGUAAAUAUAUAUGUUUAUAUGUACUAACAUCAUUUUGUUCUAGUUACAGGGUAUCGGCGAGUCGAGCACUCUCGAUUCGAUAAUUCUUACAUGUCUGUUUACAAAUAAGUACGAAACAUUAAGUUUAAACAAAUUAUAUACAUAUAAAUAAUAAGAAACUAUGACGGCAAAUUGCAAUAAAUAAUAAAUAAUUACAUAUUAACUAAAAAUAACUGUAAUUUUUUAGUAUAAUCUACAAGUUAAUAAUAAACACAACAAUAUCGAUCGUAGACUUUUUCAACUCGAGCUUGUAAGACAUCAAAAUACCAUUAUAUGAUUUAUUUUUUGAAAGAAAAAAAUAUAAUAGAUUUAUUAAAUUAAAAUGUGGAAAUUGCAUUUUUAGUAUAUUAUUUUAAAUGGUUUUUUAUUCAAUUAUUUAUGUCAAUUUGACUGCAAUUGGUCUAGAAUUUAGCAAAUUGAAAAGCAUCGUAAAGACUGAGUCUAAAUUUGUGGAUUGGUUGUAGUUUUCCCUAUAACAAAUAAUUGACAAACAAUUAAUGAAUUAUUUAAUUAAUCAUUUAUAGUUAGUACGAGUCGAUUCGAGGGCUUCUACUUACUCUAAGAGUGAACAUAUAACAUGCAAUCUAUCUAUCAUACAAAAUAUAUAUAUAUAUAUAUACA